GGCAUCUGUGGAUAUGAUUUACACCUUGAUAUCAUCACGUCACCUUUUACCUGGAUGGCUGCCCAAUGACUAGCCUUUAUUUUUAUAGAAAAGAUCAAGGCUGUCUGGCUGGCGCAGGAAUCUCUGGGGCCCACAGGCAGGUGGGAAAUGGGUCGCCUCCCUGGCGCCACCUUGUGUCUAGUGCUGCCUAUGGCAGGGAGCGAGCUCAGGAAAGGGAAUUGCGCUUGCGGGUAAAUGGCAGCAGUGGGGAGACAGAAAGAUACUGUGCAACACUUUUCUUACUUCCCUGAAGAUGAUGGGAAGUGGCAGCAACCGAACUGGCAAGAAUGACACAGUGCAACGCGGCAGCGAGUGCUGAGGGCUACCUUGGACACGAGCAGCGGCCAUCGUGGAAAGGACGGCCAGGGCUCUGAGAGACAGGAGAAAGGCAGAGACAGGCCCACUGCAGGCAGAAAGCUAAGUUUACAGCAAGGGAGCCUUGAAUGCCAGCUGAGGUUUGAACUUUACCUCAGGACUCGGGGACACUGAAAAUGUCAAGCAGGGGAAUGACAGGUUGGAGAGGACGGGGUAGGCUAUGGAUAAGUGACCCCCUCCAUACCAUGUUACGUGAGGGCAGGCCUCAGCUCCACCCUCUCCAGCGAGCCGUGCUCCCUGUGAGCUCCCGCUCCAAGUAACCCGACUGCUCAUUUGUGUGCCUGCAUUUUGUACUUCCUGAAUCUGGGAGAAGUUCAGAAAUGACAGACUUGGUUAGAAGGGGCCUGCAAAAGCAUCCAAUAAUACCCCCUUUUGGAGAGCUAGGGAAGCAAGCCACAGUUCUCAGAAUAGUGCAGCUACGUAAUGAUGGCUGAUGUCCAGAGCACUUUAGAUGUGCUAGGGACAUUUCAGUGCUUCCUCACAGCUCCAAGAUAGGCGUUGCCAGCAUCCUUGUGCUAUAGGUGAAGAAACUGAGGACAGGGAGGUUAAGAUUCUAAGGACUCCUAGCUGGUAAGGUGAGGAGCCAGGAAUGGAAACAGAGGCCCCCAUGCAGGCUUUCUGGCUUGCUGUGGGGAGCUGCCCGUCUGUCACCAGAGCCAGCCUUCCAGCCCCAGCCCCAGCCACUGUUGGCCAGGGAGAGAGGUCAGCGGGCCUUUCCUGGCCUCUCCAGCCUGGCAGCAGCUGCUCCAGGCUCUUGGCUUUGCCCUUCCUUCCCCCAGGGCCCAGCUUUGCCCUGAGCUUGCAGGAAGUAAACUUCCUGAAAUGGGGCUUCCCCACUGGAGGUGGAAGGGCCAAGGGCAUGGCCUUCCAGCCUGGGGUUGGCUCUGCCUGGCCUUCAACUGUGACUGUCCCAGGAAUCCAGGGUAGCUGCUCAGCUAGGGGUGGCUGUGGUGCUGCCGCAGGUGGGAAGGACCUCAGACCUCCAUAGCCCCAGGAGGGCUGUGGCUGUUCCCCAAAUGGGCACAGGGUGGGGCUGUGGCCUGGAGGGGCGUGUAUAUGGGCUGCGGGGGUUCGGUUUCGCCCACGCAGCCACACACAAGCUUUGUGCUGAGACGCUGCAUUCCUGCUGCUGACUGGGCUUCCCGUUUCCACAGGCAUUCCUGCCCCAGAGUCACCACGGAGACGGAUUGGAAUCUGGCCCCAAGUUCUCCAGAUUCAGGCGGAGAUCUAGCAGAGGCUCCCUCCCUAACCCCACCUGCUAACCCGGGAGGGCGAGGCCGCGUGCUGCCCAGCGAGUCUGGCGCCCACAUCUUCCUGGGCUGGGAGGGGGCAGUUCUGCCAGGCCCCGCAGCCUUUGUUUUCCCCCAAGGAAGGAUAUAGCCCCAAACAUUGGGGCGUUGAGACGGCAGGCAGCGUUAAUUGGGGGACUUGGCUGUCACGGGCAUCUGGGGCCUUGGCUGUGAGUUCAGUUUCCUGAUCUGAAAGAGUCUCCAAAGCUUCCCCGUGGUAGCGCUCCGAGGGCAGCCGCUUCCCUGGCUGUGGCUCCCACCAGAGGCUGGGCUGCAAGUCUGCAGGUCCACCUUGCUCCCUCCCUGAUCUGCCCCCAGGGACUCGGGUCCUACUGAGAUGUUUUUGUCCCUCCCUCCAGAGGGGAGGCUUCCCUAGAAGCCACAGGCUCCCAUCCGGUCACGGGGCUGUCACCUUCACCAGCCCGGGGGCUCCUUUUAAAAUGGGGGGCUGGGGAUGGAAUCCCACCCACCACGAGAGGCUGGGGUGGCGACGGGGAGCAGCUCACCUCUCCCUGGCCCUGAACCAGCCACCCGCCAGCACCCGCCAGGAAGGAGGAGUGGGCAGGGUGCGGUUCAGAUGCAGCCCCUGGAGCACCCGGCAGCUGCGGUGAAGGAUUCCGCGGAGCGCGGAGACCGUGAUCCCUGCCAGCCCGUGGGCCCUGUCUCCACCGGGCACGGAUCUGGGCUCCCCUCGAAGCCCCGGCUCUAAGUCUGCGAGCCGCAGGAAGACCCAGCGGAUCGCGGACGGGCAGCGACAGCUCCGGGGCGGGGUGCCCUACUCCGGGAGGCGCUGCGGGUCCGGGCUGGGGCGCCUGGGGGCGGGGCCCGGCCUGCACCCUCCGCCGCUGCCCCGCGCACCUGCGGCCCCUCCCGCCCCCGCGCGGGACCUGGCGAGGCGGGGCCGAGGGGGACGAGGAGGGGACGCUCCGACUGCGCUGCGCGGGCGGGGAGCGGCCAUGCUGGGCCGGCGCCGCGUCUUCACCGUGGAGCUGCUCGGUGGCCGGGAUAGGGCAGGCGAGGCCGUGGCACACGGCUGCAUCGUGCCUGGGGUCACCGGCACCUAUAGACGGAUCCUGGACACGGCCGAUGGGUGCACACCGGACCUCCCAGAGGGAGUGGGCAAGCCAAGGGCUCUCCAGGGGCAGGUGCCACCUCCCACACUGGCCUCCUGGGACUCAGGGGUGGAGAUGGUGGCCGGGGACAGCACCCUGGCCACCUUCCCAGGACUUUCUCAGGACUCUGUGAGCGUGGAGCCCAUGCGGAGUCCUGAGCCCACAGCCCUUGCUGCCCCAGAGCCCCCCAGUCAGUUGGGCCAGCUGCUGGCCAGCCGCAAGCUGGAGCAGGUUCUAGAGUGGUCCCAGGGGGGUGCCCACCCGUCCACACAGCACUGUGCCCUGCCACCGGCACCGUGGACCAGGCCUGGGUGUGCGCCGCCCCUGCUGGGAGCAGAAGCCAAGCUAGAGCAGGACCUGGAGGAAGCAGAGGUGGUAGCAGCCGUGGUGCCCAGAGCCUGGGCCUGCCUCCCAGGGCAGGGGCUUCGCUACCUGGAGCACCUGUGCCUGGUGCUGGAGCAGAUGGCAAGACUGCAGCAGCUCUACUUGCAGUUGCGGACCCAGAGCCCCCCGGAGGAUCCAGAGGAGGAGGAACUGGCCCUAGCCCCAUUACCUUCCCUUCUACCUGCCCCAGGCAGUGGGGUGCAGGGGUCAGAGGAGCUGCAAAGCCUGACAAAGGAGACAGGUGAGGGACGAUUGUUUCCUUACCACCAUGGCCAGCUGAGGGGCAACUCUGUCUUCCUCUGUGUCUCACCUGCCUCAGGGUUAGAGGCAGCUUCAUGCUCAAAGGUUGGGAUGCUCAGUGCCAACCCUCCCAGGCUGCCAGAAGCCCCAGUGGAACCAACUGACAGCUUUCCACCUUCCCAGGGACACAAGCAGGCUCCCUCCCACUGGGACAGGGUCAAGGUCCUGCUCAACCGGAUCCGCCGGAGGAGCCCUGGACACCCUAAGUCCCUUGUCCCACCUGAUGGUUCUGGCCCCAGGAUUGAGUCCAGGGACCUCUCCGAAAGCCCUCAGUGCCACCCGCAGCAGAACGCUUUUAGGCCAUCAUUAGUAGUUAAGAAGCAAUGAGCAAAAAACCUUUCUAUAUGCUGAGGCCCCUUGAUGCAACGGGAGAACCUGGCAGAGGGGCUUUGUCAUGGAGCCUUCUUUGCCCUUUCCCAUUGCUGCUUCUCUGCACUGCCAGGAAAAGCUACUGAUGCUUGUCCUCCAAGGAAAGGACUGAGUUUUUCUCCUCUGAGCACUGUGGCAGAGGAGCCCUAAUUCCCAGAGAGGUUGGAAGGUAUGGCAGGUCCAGAGCUCCUCAGAAAUCCCUGGGCCCAGACAAUGUGAACUAACUUAUUUACCAGACGGCCAUGUGUUUGGCAAGGUGAUGGCCCAGCAUGUCGCAGAUGUGUAUUCAUACAGGGUAAUACAUCUGUGUGAGGCUGUCAAGAUCUGUAACUGGCUGGAUCCAACUAUACCUGCUAGAGUCGCGCACCCAAAAGGUUAGUCUUCUGGAUAACUAUGGAAGGAUGGACCUGGCCUUCAAUCCACACAGGAAACUUACUGAUCUGGAUUCCUGCUUUCCUCAGGCCUGAAUUGGCAGCCUCAGGACAAAGAAGAGUGCUGUCUUGGUUGCCUCUGUAUUAGAGUCUUGUACUUGGAGCUCCUGAAGACUGUAUGAGGAAUGGGGAGGUCGGGGACAAUGUGGGGAACAGCAGAAUAACCUUUAGCGUCAAUUCUCAGCUGCUCUGCUCCGCCAUAGCUUUUACACAUCCGAGCUGGAACCUGAAGCUAAUACUACAUAGCUGUUAGACCUUGACAGAGUCUCAACUUCUGAGCCACAGCUUCCCAUUUGGGAUAAUGAUGCCUGCCUUACCUACCUCACAAGCUUGUUAUGAGGAAAAAAUGAGAUUAAACCGUCUCCAAGUGU